GCCCCUCUAAGCGCAUGUGGGCAGGUGUUGCCAUGAACCUCUUCUGGAGCGCGGGGAACAUGAUCACAGCUCUAACGGCCUAUCUCUUCAGGGACUGGAAGACUCGACAGCUGAUUGUCAGUGUCCCUGCGGUUGUCUUUGCCUAUUUAUUUUUUAUCCCAGAGUCUCCAAGAUGGCUUCUGAAACAUGGCAAACGAGAAGAAGCUAAAGGGGUAGUUGCAAAUAUUGCGAAAAAGAACAAAGUACAAAUAGAUCCACAAAUACUUGAUGAGGUCGAUAUCCAAAUGGAAGAGGUGAUUCAAGAACCAUUCUGGAACAUUUUGAAGUCAUCUGUGAUGAUGCGCCGACUGAUGAUCAUCUGCUAUAUUUGGUUUGCAGUUGGAAUGGGUUUCUAUGGCCUCACCAUGAACGUCACCAACCUUUCUGGUAGCAUCUACCUCAACUUCCUCUUGUUCAUCAUCACAGAGGCUGUUGCAUACAUUUCUUGUUUUUUCCUAAUGGAUCGCAUUGGUCGCAAGUUGCUGCUAUGUCUAUCUUUGUCGCUUACAGGAGCAGCUUGCAUUCUUCCUUUGGUUCCAGUACUAGUUUCAGAUACACCGGACAAAUUGGUCAUCAACAUCCUCGCCAUUAUCGGAAACACGUGUGCCUCUGCAGCCAUGUGUGCCGUCUACACCUUCACAGCUGAACUCAUGCCGACCACAUCCAGGACAUUUGGCAUGUCUCUGAGUUCCUUGUCUGGUCGAGCUGGAAGUCUAGUUUCUCCCUACAUUGUUAACUUGACGAUGUACAUAUCCGGACGUUUCAGCCAGAUUCUCCCUAUGUUGAUAUUUGGGGGUAUCAGCAUUCUGGCGGCCCUCUUGGCUCUUCUUCUCCCGGAAACGCUGUACAAGAAUCUACCGGAAACCAUCAAGGAAGCUGAGAUACUCGGAACGAACGCGUUUGACGAGGACGCUACAGGUGCAUCUCCUACGCAUGUUGAGCUGAUUCCACUUGAGUCUUUGAGUGAAGACGCAGCUGAAGAUUCUCACAAUGUCCUACUUGCGUAAAAACAAAUACUCUGGAAUUAUUUACAUGGUCAUUUUAAACUAAUGAUGAAAGUCAAUACCACGUAAUGAACAUAUCAGAGAACAAUUAGUAGAAAUACCUACUGUGUAUUCAGUUUUGAGAUAUCGAACGAAGAUUCGAUACCUAUACAUGUACGUAUAUCACAGGACCAAAGGCCGGAUUUUACACCAUUGAAACAAACGCAAAUACAGUAGGAAAGGUGUUCUAUGACCGGAUUUGCAUAUGUUUCCCGAUAUGCAUGUCAUAUGUAGCUGCAGCACAUGAUCAUCCUGUAUUUCCGUAUGCACCAGCACCACUGUCAUGAUAUGCAGACAUGUCUAAGCCUGAGUUCCAAAGUUGAUACUCCAGUACAUACUUGACCAGAGUAUUUCCUAUGCAUUUAUCGUAAUUGUAAUCGGUGCAAGCAUUAUUUUGUAAACUGCUUUGUAAGAUUACUAGGGUUUGAAAUAUGGAAAUUUCUUAGGUGGAGAAACAUUUGUAAAUUUGUAAAGUUUCAAAUGGUUACAUGCCUAAGAAAGUUAUGUAUCAUUCAGGAUAUCAAGUGUAUGUAUUUGAUUACUUUGUAUUUGCUCAUUUUACCGAUACUCAAGCAAGAUGAUAUUAUGUUUCCAACAUUUGAAAUAUUGGGUUCAUGUUAACGUUAUUUUCACAUAUUCUUGAUGUCCUUUGCCAUCCAGGCUCAUAUGAUCUCACCAAUCUCAUAAGGCUAAGGGACUGUCUAAGCAAAACAUUAUUAGGCAAGCUGACACGUGUCUGUUAGGUCAUCAGUUUAAUCACUUCACUUCACCGGGUUGCCAGUUAUUUUGUAAUUGUGUGGGAGUGUGGGAGACCAGGGUUCAAAAUAUAUUUGAGCUGUUGAACGAUUACUUACAUGUUAUCAUUCACAUUGGGUAUUAAAAUGUA